CCUAAGUCUUAGCCAAAAUCAAUUUUGAGAGAGAGAGAGAUGCAGAAAAGGGAGCUCGGGAAAUCCGGUGGCCAGUCCGGCGGAGCUUCGGCUCCACCACCGAAGAGAGGCCGUCCGUUUGGUAGCACGAGUGCAAACUCGGCAGCUGCAGCAGCUGCCGCUGCGGCGGCGGAUGCGAUGUCUCCGUCAGCUCUACUCGGUCCUUCUCUUCUUGUUCACAAUUCCUUCAUCGACCAGAACAAUAGAAGAAUAGUCCUAGCGCUACAGAGUGGGUUGAAGAGCGAGGUGACAUGGGCAUUGAAUACACUCACAUUGCUUUCCUUCAAGGAGAAAGAGGAUAUUCGAAGAGACUUCACUCCUCUAGCUAAGAUACCUGGCUUGCUUGAUGCCCUUCUCUUAAUUAUAGAUGACUGGCGUGACAUAGCUCUCCCAAAGAACCUGACAAGAGGAACUAGGGUCAGAUCGUUAGGUGCAAAUUCUUCAGUUACGGGUUUUGGCAGUGAGUAUGAUGCGCUAGCCACAAUUCAAACCCCUGGAUCCGGCGUUGGUUCUUCAGCCACUGAGGCAUUAGGGAAAAAAGGCUCUGGAAAACAUCAGUCAUCUCAGUGGUGGAAUGAAGAAGAUGGUUUGUUUAAUAUAGACGAUGAAGGGAGAGCAGAGAAACAGAUGUGCGCCAUUGCUGCGUCAAACGUUAUCCGCAACUUCUCCUUCAUGCCGGAUAAUGAAGUUGUAAUGGCUCAGCAUCGCCAUUGCUUAGAAACUGUUUUCCAGUGCAUAAACGAUCAUAUGACCGAGGAUGAAGAGCUAGUCACAAAUUCGCUUGAGACGAUUGUAAACCUAGCGCAUUUGAUGGAUCUUCGAAUUUUCAGCUCGCUUAAACAGUCAUACAUCAACAUAAAUGAAAAGCAAGCUGUACAAGCUGUGGUUGGGAUUCUUGAUUCUGCCGUCAAGGCUUGGAACUGUGCUGCUGCUGAAUUGCUAGGGCGUUUGAUAAUCAACCCGGACAAUGAACCCUUCAUUAAUCCCUUAAUUCCACAGAUACACAGGCGAUUAGUCGAUCUUUUAAGCAUACCAGCAGUUGAUGCACAAGCCGCAGCUGUUGGUGCACUCUACAAUCUCGUGGAAGUAAACAUGGAUUGCAGAUUAAAGCUUGCAAGUGAGAGAUGGGCGAUUGAUAGAUUGCUGAAAGUGAUAAAGACUCCGCAUCCGGUUCCAGAAGUCUGCAGGAAAGCUGCAAUGAUACUAGAGAACCUUGUCUCCGAGCCUCAGAACAGAGCAUUGUUACUUGCGUAUGAGAAUGCUUUUGCAGAGCUGCUUUUUCAAGAUGGUAAGUAUUCUGAUUCGUUUGCGAGGAUUUUGUAUGAACUAACUGCUAGAUCAAAUAGCAGAGUGGCUUCGGCUCGGGGAAUCUGGGGGAUGUAAUGUGGGUUUAGUCAGUCAAAAGUCUCUCUAUAGAUUAGUGGGUUUGGUUAAUGAUGCUGUAAUGUAUUAGUAGUAGACUUGGAUCAUUUGAGAUAUUAAAAGCACAGUAUUGUUGAACAAAGCAGAUGGUGGUUUCUUUUCAUUAUUGCUCUCGCAUACAUGUGAUACGACAAUUUAACCCUCCUCUUGUGUAAUCUAGCAACUCUUGGUUGGUAGUAUCUUUAUGUAAUGAUAGAUAAUGUUUUGGCAA